UCCGGCUGGCGGCGGCGGCGCCCGGGCGCGCGGCUCCAGCGACCCGCCGCAGGGGCGCUCCUCUCCCUCCGGGCGGCGCGGCCAUGAGCGGCCCGUAGCGGCGCGAAGCGGCUGGUGCGGUCCCUGCGCGGCGGCGGCGGCGGCGGCCAUGGCGGUGGUGGAGACGCGGCCGGAGCUAGUGGGGAAGCGGUUCCUGUGUGUCGGCGGCGGCGAGGAGCCGGCGGAGCGCGGGGACGGCGGGCGCUGGCGAGCCGGCGUCAUCCGCGCCGUGUCCCAGCGCGACUCGCUCAGCCCCGAGCUGGCGGUAUAUGUGGAAUUUGAUGACCUUGAAUGGGAAAAACGCGAGUGGAUUAAAGUGUAUGAAGAUUUUGCAACCUUCUUGGUGGAAUACCAGUUGGUCUGGGCAAAAAGAAAGGACCCAAGCCAGACUCAGGGAUCAAAGAUCAAACAAAUUCAAUGGCCUGCAUUGGCAUUCAAGCCCUUGGUUGGAAAAAGUGUGUACAAUUCAAUCACUGCAGUAGAAUUCCUUGUGGACAAACAACUGGAUUUUGUAACUGAAGAUAGUGCCUUUCAGCCCUAUCAGGACGACGUAGACAGUCUAAACCCAGUUCUCAGGGACAGCCCGCAGCUACAUGAGGAAGUAAAAGCCUGGGUAAAAGAACAAAAGGUUCAGGAGAUUUUUAUGCAAGGUCCAUAUUCCUUAAACGGCUAUAGGGUGAGAGUAUACAGACAGGAUUCUGCCACCCAGUGGUUUACUGGUAUAAUUACUCAUCAUGACCUCUUCACUCGCACUAUGAUUGUUAUGAAUGACCAGGUGUUAGAACCACAGAAUGUUGAUCCUUCUAUGGUUCAGAUGACCUUUCUAGAUGAUGUUGUUCACUCUUUGUUGAAAGGUGAAAAUAUUGGCAUCACAUCGCGCCGCAGGUCUCGUUCCAGCCAGAACAGCAACACAGUCCACGGUCAUUAUACCCGUGCUCAAGCAAAUAGUCCCAGACCAGCAAUGAAUUCCCAAACGGUAGCACCAAAACAGAAUUCUCACCAGCAACAACGGAACGCUCGGCCAAAUAAAAGGAAAGGCUCAGAUAGCAGCAUGCCUGACGAAGAAAAAAUGAAAGAAGAAAAAUAUGAUUAUAUAGGUCGAGGAGAAAAUCCCAAAAGUAAAAAUAAACACUUUCUUAGCAAAAGAAGAAAACCUGAAGAGGAUGAGAAGAAACUGAGUAUGAAAAGACUGCGGACAGACAAUAUCUCAGACUACUCUGAGAGCAGUGACUCAGAAAACUCAAAUAAAAGAUUAACAGAUUCUUCCUCCGAGCAAAAUUCGGAGAAUGAAUUGAAAAGCAAGAACACUUCAAAGAUAAAUGGAGAAGAAGGAAAAUCCCGAAGUAGUGAGGGUGGAGAGGAACAGACACUAAUAGACAGGCAGUCUCCCUGGGAUGGAAUACAGGAAGAUAAAAAACAUCAGGGGGCAGAAAGACUAAAGUCAACUGACUUAGACCUGCAAGAAAAAUCUUCACCCCAUCCAGCAGAACAGCCAACAGUCUCUGAUCAGAAUGCCAAUGGCCUACAUGUUCAAGAGUGCAAUACUGAGAAGCGGCAUGCUAUGAAAUUGAAUAAUGAGCAGUUUGUGCCCAGGCCUCCUACACCAAAAUGUGUUGUUGUUAUAACUAAUGAAAACAAUUCUGAUAGAGAGAGCCAGGAAAAUGCUGCAAGUACCUUUGCUUUGCAGACAGUUCAGAAAAUAGAGUCUUGUAGCAGUGAUUUAAAACACCAGUCUACAAAUGCAAAUUUUCUAGAAGUAAGAAAACAAGAAACUGAUCAGAGUUGGGUUAGCGCUAUUGUCAAUAAAAUGGAUUUGAUCCCAGCUGGGGUUACAAAAACAACUUCAUCAGUGAAUGAACAUCUAAAUCCUGAAAAAGAAAAAGUUCAAUAUGGCUCCUUUAUGUCUUCAUUAAAUGUAAUUUCUUUAGCAGAAGAGGGCAAACUACGUAAACGAAGCCCAGCCCCUGAUUCUGUGAAGUCAAAGUCUAGUGCUUCAGUUGAUCAUCCCAAAUCAAAGCCAUAUUCUUCACCUGAUGUUAAGGCUAAACUCACCCAAUCUCCUGAUACUGUGAAGUCUAAGGUUAGUUCACAGAACAGUCAUGUUACUGGAGUAACAAGGUCAGCAAAUAAAACUGAGUAUGAUUUGCCUAGGUCUAGUUUUCAUCCAGUUCCAGCUAGAGUUAGUACUUUAGAAGCUACUAAAAGUCCUCUUAUCAUUGACAAGAACGAACAUUUCACAGUAUACAGGGAUCCCACACUUAUUGGACAAGAAACAGGAGCUAAUCACAUUUCACCUUACUUACAUCAACAUAAUUAUCCUCUUCAUUCCUCGUCCCACAGAACGUGUUUAAAUCCAAACCCCCCUCAUCCUGCAUUAUCUGGUGCAUCUCAUCUAUUAGCUGGGUCAUCAAACCAAACUCCGUUGUCUGCUAUUAACACUCAUCCUCUUGGUACUACAUCACACCAUUCUGUUCAUCACCCUCAUCUACUUCCUGCAGUAUUACCUGGAGUGCCUACAGCCUCCUUACUAGGUGGCCAUCCACGACUAGAGACUGCUCAUGCCAGCAGCCUAAGCCAUUUGGCAUUAGCACACCAGCAACAGCAGCAGUUGUUACAGCACCAGUCGCCACAUCUACUUGGACAAGCUCAUCCUACUGCUUCAUAUAAUCAGCUAGGGCUUUAUCCAAUUAUUUGGCAGUAUCCAAAUGGAACACAUGCUUACUCAGGACUUGGUCUACCUUCCUCUAAAUGGGUCCAUCCAGAAACUCCUGUUAAUGCUGAGGCUUCCUUAAGAAGGAAUACUCCCAGCCCUUGGUUGCACCAGCCCACCCCUGUGACCUCAGCUGACAGUCUUGGGUUAUUGAGUCACAUUCCUGUAAGACCGUCCAGUGCAGAUCCUCAUCGGCCACUCAAAUUGACAACACAUUCUAGUCCACCAUUGUCCAAGAAUCUAGUAGAUCAUCAUAAAGAAGAAUUGGAGAGGAAAGCAUUUAUUGAACCUUUACGUUCUGUUACAACUGUGCCAGUAAAGACUGAUCUGGAACAAAGCAGAAUACAGACUGCAAAAGAGAGCCAUUUGCACAGACACUUUGUGGAUCCAAUGCUGAACCAGUUACCGAAGCCACCACAGGAGACUGGAGAGCGAUUAAACAAAUACAAAGAAGAGCAUAGACGGAUACUUCAAGAGAGUAUUGAAGUUGCUCCUUUUACAGCUAAAACCAAGGCUCUAGAGGGAGAGAGAGAAAAUUAUUCAAGAGGAACACCAUUAUCAUCUUUGAGCCCCAAAAGCCAUGUAGUAAAAUAUGACAAGGAUGCAGAACGUUCUGUCUCAGAACUUUAUAAAAUGAAGCAUUCAGUAGCACAGAGUUUGCCACAAAGUAACUAUUUCACCACCCUGUCUAAUAGCAUAGUGAAUGAACCACCAAGGUCAUACCCAUCUAAAGAAGUUUCAAGCAUGUAUAUCGAUAAACACAGUAGUUGUCCAUCAACAGCAACUAAUCUCCAGUCUCUCCCUUCUUUCAUUUCAUCUCUUUCAAAGCCUCCACCUUUGAUUAAGCAUCAACCAGAGGCUGAAGGUCCAGUAAGCAAGAUAACAGAGCAGCUUUCCCAGCCAAUGCAGUCUCACUCCAUAAAUUCUUUUAGAAAUGACAGCCGGAGCCCUACUCAGUUAUCAGUUUCAUCUUCAAAUACACUCCGAAGUAUGCCUGCAUUACAUAGAGCCCCUGUAUUUCAUCCUCCUGUCCAUCAGAACUUAGAGAGGAAAGAAAGCAGUUAUAGCAGCCUUUCACCUCCAACCCUAACUCCAGUCCAGCCAGUUAAUGCUGGUGGCAAAAUCCAGGAAUUACAAAAACCACCAACUUUAGUACCUGAACCUAAGGAAGCGCAAACAGUGUACAAGGGCACUUCUGAGCAGAAUAUAUCAGAUGCAUGGAAAUCUAAUAAUUCUCCAAACAAUGAAAAAGUUGAAUGGCGUAUUGAGAGAAUGAGUGGCAAGUCGCAAUCCGCUACAGCAUCUGUCAUUGUACGUCCUCCUAGUACAAAAUAUGAGAGUGCGCCAGUAAUGCAUUCAUCCAAAGACAGAGUGAGUGAAAGAUCUUCAACAGGGACAAAUCAAACAGAUUGCCUGAAAACAGCGGAAGCCAGAGAGACUGGAAGAAUCAUUCUGCCAAAUAUGAACUCAGACACUACUCACACACAGCAUGAAAAGAAAUUUCCAGCUGUUUCACAAGGCAGCAUUCCUAGUUCUGGCACACUUAAGACCACUAAGAUGUGUAGUACCAAAAUGGAUGUAACCACAUCUGCAGCCACAACUACCGGUGUUUCAGGUUGUGGUAGUUCAGAUGCGACUUGCUCUUUAUCAAAUGCAGUUUUGACAUGUACACCACUUGAGUGUACAUCCUCUACAGCAGUAAGUCAGGCAGUGGCACAGACACAAGAAUGCAAGGUCAGCACUGCAGCUCCGGUUACACCAGCCAGUGGCAAGCCAGCAAAUGCAGUUCAGUCCAGCUCUGGCUUCUCUGGCCCAACUGAUUUUAUCCAUUUGAAAAAGCACAAGGCAGCAUUGGCUGCAGCUCAAUUUAAAAGUAGUAAUGCCAUUGAGACUGAGUCCACUGUUGUGAAAAAUCAGACACUUCCAGCCUCCAUUUCCCUCGACAAUGCUAUCAUCUGCAAUACAAUAAACAAAGCAAACUCUGUAGGCAAUGGGCAAACUUCCCAGGCAAGUCAGCCAAACUACCACACAAAACUGAAAAAAGCUUGGCUUACAAGACAUUCAGAGGAAGAUAAAAACACUAAUAAAAGAGAGAAUUCAGGGAACAAUGUAUCAGAAAUUAUUAAGCCAUGUACUGUCAGUUUAAUAGCUUCUACAUCAAAUGAUUUACAAAAUAAUGUAGAUAGUAAAAUCUUAGCAGAUAAGUUUGUGAAAGAAGAUAAACACCCAAGGAGAAAAGCAAAAAGAACUUAUGAAUCUGGCUCUGAAAGUGGAGACUCUGAUGCAAGUGAGAGCAAAUCAGAGCAAAGGACUAAACGGCAGCCUAAGCCAACUUACAAAAAGAAACAAAAUGACUUGCAAAAGAGAAGGGGUGAUCCAGAGGAAGAAGUAAAACCCAAUGGUGUUCUUAGCAGGAGUGCCAAAGAAAAAAGCAAGUUGAAGUUGCAGAGCAACAGCACUGGCAUACCGCGUUCAGUAUUAAAAGAUUGGCGCAAAGUAAAGAAGCUGAAGCAAACUGGAGAAUCCUUUUUGCAGGAUGAUUCUUGUUCUGAAAUAGGGCCCAAUUUGCAGAAGUGCAGAGAAUGUAGGCUGAUAAGAAGUAAGAAAGGUGAAGAACCAUCUCAUUCACCAGUAUUUUGUAGAUUUUACUACUUUCGUCGGUUGUCUUUUAGUAAGAAUGGAGUGGUUAGGAUAGAUGGUUUCUCUUCUCCUGACCAGUAUGAUGAUGAAGCAAUGAGUUUAUGGACACAUGAAAAUUAUGAUGAUGAUGAACUGGACCUAGAAACUUCUAAAUACAUUUUAGACAUCAUAGGGGAUAAAUUCUGUCAGUUAGUAACAUCUGAGAAAACAGCCAUGUCCUGGGUGAAAAAAGAUGCCAAAAUUGCCUGGAAGAGAGCAGUGAGAGGAGUCCGAGAGAUGUGUGAUGCAUGCGAAGCCACACUGUUUAACAUUCACUGGGUCUGCCAAAAAUGUGGAUUUGUGGUCUGCUUAGAUUGUUAUAAAGCAAAGGAAAGGAAGAGUUCUAGAGAUAAAGAAUUAUAUGCUUGGAUGAAAUGUGUGAAAGGACAGCCUCAUGAUCACAAGCAUCUGAUGCCAACUCAGAUUAUUCCAGGCUCUGUUCUGACAGAUCUUUUAGAUGCAAUGCACAAUCUUAAAGAGAAAUUUGAAAUUAAAUCCCACUGUCAAUGUACGAACAAACAGUGUGUGCAAGCUGGCAAGCUCCCUGCUGUGAAUGGUGUCUCUCAGGUUUUACAGAAUGUCCUUAAUCACAGUAAUAAAAUUUCUCUGUGCAUGCCUGAGUCUCAGCAUCAGAGUGCCUCUCAAAAGUCUGAGACAAAUGGUAAUACAAGUCCAGGGAGUGAUGUAAGCACAGACAGCAAGUUAACUCCACCUGAAUCCCAGUCACCACUGCAUUGGUUAGCUGAUUUAGCAGAACAAAAGGCCAGAGAAGAAAAGAAAGAGAAUAAAGAAUGUUCUCCUGGAAAACAUCCACAAGAAGAAAGAGACCAGGACAGCUCAGAGUCCCUAAACUGUAAAACUUCCCCUCCUGUGUCCCAGAACAACGAGCAGGGAUCAACCUUACGAGACUUACUAACAACAACAGCAGGCAAGCUGCGUCUUGGCUCUACAGAUGCUGGUAUUGCUUUUGCUCCAGUUUACUCUACAGGAACACCAAGUGGCAAAGGCGGAAGGACUAUGCCAAAUAUUCUUGAUGACAUCAUUGCUUCAGUUGUAGAAAAUAAGAUUCCACCCAGUAGAACACCAAAGAUGAAUGUAAAAUCUGAAAUGAAGGAUGAGCCAAAGGAUGAUGAAAAGUCUGUUCUGGAUGAUUGCAGUAAAUUGUAUAGUGAUAUUCCACAUUCGUGGCUCUGUGAUGAGCACAUUUUGUGGCUCAACGAUCAUAAAAACAGCAACAACUGGAAGCUCUUUAAAGAGUGCUGGAAACAAGGGAAGCCUGUUUUAGUGUCUGGUAUGCACAAGAAAAUGAACAUCAGCUUGUGGAAGGCAGAAUCAAUUAGUCUAGAUUUUGGAGACCAGCAGGCUGAUAUCCUGAACUGCAAAGACAGCAUUAUUUCGAAUGCCAGUGUCAAGGAAUUCUGGGAUGGUUUUGAAGAAGUUGCAAAACGGCAGAAAAUAAAAAAUGGAGAAACAGUUGUACUAAAAUUGAAAGACUGGCCAUCUGGUGAAGACUUCAAGGCUAUGAUGCCAGGAAGGUAUGAAGACUUAUUAAAAAGUUUGCCAUUGCCAGAGUAUUGUAGUCCAGAAGGAAAAUUAAACCUGGCUUCCCACUUGCCGGGAUUUUUUGUACGUCCAGAUUUGGGACCCAGAUUAUGUAGUGGAUAUGGCGUUGCUGCUACUAAAGAUCAUGAUGUAGGAACUACAAAUCUCCAUAUUGAAGUUUCUGAUGUAGUGAACAUCCUUGUUUAUGUUGGUAUAGCAAAAGGAAAUGGAGCACACUCCAAAUCAGGCAUAUUAAAGAAACUUGAAGAGGAGGAUUUGGAUGACCUUUUAAAGAAAAGAUUGAAAGAUUCAAGUGAAUUGCCUGGUGCUUUGUGGCACAUUUAUGCUGGCAAAGAUGUGGACAAAAUAAGGGAGUUUCUGCAAAAGAUUGCAAAGGAACAGGGCCUGGAAGUUUUACCAGAGCAUGAUCCGAUACGUGACCAGAGUUGGUAUGUGAACAAAAAACUUCGCCAAAGACUUCUUGAAGAAUAUGGAGUAAAAACCUGCACUGUUAUUCAGUUCCUUGGUGAUGCUAUUAUCCUGCCAGCAGGAGCACUUCAUCAGGUACAAAAUUUUCACAGCUGCAUUCAAGUAACUGAAGACUUUGUGUCUCCAGAACAUCUUGUACAGUCUUUUCACCUAACACAGGAACUGAGGCUGUCAAAGGAAGAAAUCAAUUAUGAUGAUAAACUGCAGGUCAAAAAUAUCUUGUAUCAUGCAGUUAAAGAAAUGGUUAGAGCGUUGAAGAUUCAUGAAAGUGAAAUGGAAGAUGCAGAAGAAAACUAAGUGCUCUCUGCCUUUUUUUUUUGGUUAGACUAUCAGAUGGAGGUUAUUUUUUCUAAUAUAUGAUGAACAGUAUGCACACUAAUUUAAGCUUCACAAACCAUCAGUGCCAAGAAAAUAUAGUCAUCAUAUUUACUUGUUACUGACACUGCAGCCGUCUAGCUUCAUAUAUCACAGUUACUGUGAUUACAUUAGACUUAUUGAAAAGAAAAAAAUUAAGCAGCAUUCUGCUGUCUUGUAUUAUAAUGUACAUGAAGUUUGUGAAAUGUCAAAGAUUUAAAAUGAUGUAUUUAUUUUUGGAAAAAAAGGCCCACAAAAUUCUCUGCUAUAUUGUUGAUCAAAUGUAAAUGUGACUUGUACAGUUUGCUAAAAUAACUCAGAUAUUUUUCACUACAUUGAGACAGUUACUGUGAGAGUAGGACACAAACACCAGCUAUUGCCUGCAUUUGGGAUCUUGCUGAGUCCGCACAGCAGUCAUGUCAUAAUCUGAAAAUUACUGCCAAAUAAUUGUAAACUUUGUAAAUAUAAAGUAUAUAAAGUAGAUAUUAAAUACAGACACUUCAGUAUUUUAUUGAAGCUAUUCAGUGUACAAUUAAAUGUUUUCAAAGGUGUAAUUUAUUUAAAAAAAGUCUCAUUUUGGUAAAAUUUAUGUGAACUUUUAAAGCUAAAUAUUAAACUUAAUAUGCUAUGUAAAUAUAUACAUAUAUACAUUCAAUGAUGUAUUUUUUUAGAACAUUGGCUUGCUUUAAUUUGUUAAAAGUGCAAGUGUUACACAUGCUUUGUACAUUGAAGUUGAAAGGGGUUUUACAUUUUCCAUUAAAAUGACUUUAUCAAA